GUUUAAAUUUUGUCAGAGAUUCAUAUCCCCAUCUGUCGGAUCCCGUUUCCCCGGAUUAUGUACUGAUUAGCGCUGCAUGCGCGCGCCUCACUGCCGAACGACGUUGCUUUACUUUUCCCUUUCUCAGGAAGUUCGGCAAUAUCUUAGGAGCCACACAUACUAAACAAUAUACGACAUCUACCCCCCCGAGAAGCUACGGGUACUUACACCAGACAAGCUUACUAGGGAAGACUAGCCACCAAUAUCCUUAGGGAAUUUUCUUUGCCAACAACGACGUCGUCUGAGAGGCGUUUGCCGCCGAGCGGCAAUCGUCUCCUUUACUUGAUAUUGUCAUGUCAGACAAGAUGUCUAUCGACAAGAAAGACCAUUCGAAAGACGAUUCCGACGAGUCCAUUGGUUCAAGUCCUGAAAAUGAGCCUGGCCCAUCGGUCCCACCAGAAAACCAACCGGCAAAACGCAAAGGAGGGCGUAAACCUAUCUAUGCCACUUCAGAGGAGCGGAAGCAAAGAAACCGCCAGGCGCAAGCCGCAUUUAGAGAACGUCGAACAGAAUACAUCAAGCAGCUCGAGGAAACCAUCAAGGCUCAUGAGUCGAACUUGGCAAGCCUACAAGCUGCUCACCGCAGUGCCGCGGACGAAUGCUUAAUGCUCCGAUACAAGAACUCCUUGCUUGAACGAAUCCUCCUUGAAAAAGGUAUUGACGUACAAGCUGAGCUUCAUGCCAAAACUGGCAGUCCAAACCUUGGUCCAACUCAUAUGCCCCAGAACAUGGUGCAACCACCACCGAUGCCGCGAGCAAUCCUCAACAGACAUCAUCAUUCGCGCAGGUCUGGUUCUAGUAUCGCGCCGAAGCUCGAGCCGGGCAUCACCUCCCUACCUCAACCUGGGGGUGUGCAACAGUCUAUAGCGUCACCAAAGAACCGGCCAACACCUCCUUCCCACGCUGCGUCUCCUACUAACCCUACGCCAUCUUUUGGCACACAAGCAACAGCCUCCCCUGCUUCCUCAGAGCAUACGAACCUGCGUACGACGAUUCCCCCACCUAUGAAGCCGCAAUUAGCGCCGAUGCCUGGAAUGGCGGUCGCAGCGCGGCAACAGAUGAUGCAGCAACAUGCUGCUGGUUCUAGGGCGCAGGCAUUCUAUCCGACGUCGUCGUUUCAGAAUCAUUUCCAACAACUCGAACAAGAGUACGACGCGCCGACCGAUAUGAUGGACGAACCGGAACCGGACACGCCGGGUCCAGGUCCAUACCCUUCGACUUUUCAAGUUCCACAACAGCAUAGUAUGUCUAUGCAACCAGCGACGACAGGGGCGCCAGGUCAGCCAUCAAUGGCUGCUGGAGGGCAGGGUAAUCAAGCGCAAAGCCAGACGCAAGGUCAAGGAUAUCCGAGUAUGACCCAACUGCUAGACCCCGCUUUAGACUGGGAUCCGUUUGGUCUCAGUGCAUCAAUGGCCUUUCCGACGCAGUUUUCCUUCGACACGAGCAACAUGAGGUAGUGUAAAUUACGAGAUGGGAUAUUCGCGAAAGGCUUCGAAAACUAGGCAAGGGGAAGGGGAAGGAGAAGGGGGGCGAGGAGAUAUUAACGAGCCAAUACAGGUUAUACUGACGGUAGUGGGAGGUACAGCAAACUGACCGAGACUACAAAAUUACGUCUGGCAGCUAUUGGUAUCGGAUAGGACGGAGUUUCGCGCGAGAUGAUGGCGGUGGUCGAGACCAGCAAAGAGGAUGAGCAUUAUAUUCCGGGAAGAUUUAUUGCGAAGCAUUCAAUAGGAAGGCAACCGGCAUUAUACCCAAGGCAGGCGGUCGACUUUCGGUCUCGGUGACCUUGAUAUAUCGAGUUACUACGUCAAUUGCGGCAUUUCGGCGGGCGAAGGAAAAGUUAUUGAUUUGGUACGACAAUUCAUUCAGACGACUAUACUACGG